AUGAUUCUUUGUGUGUGUCUCGAUUGGGGUCGUACUGAGGGAUCUGAACAGGAAGAGAGUUAUUCUCACACUAUCCAAGUCAGCUCUCUUUUCCCUUCAUCAUCAUCUUGCGACCUUCCUUCAAAAGCAUCUAAAACGAAGUCGUCGCUCCACGUGGUGCACCGUCAAGGCCCAUGCUCGCGUCUUAGCAGCAGCAAAACUGCGAGCAUCGACCAUGAAGAGAUCCUCAGGCUCGACCAGGCUCGCGUUAACUCUAUCCACUCAAAACUAUCAAAGAAAGUCAAAGAUGAAGUCAUGCAAAGCCACUCGGCUGUUUUACCGGUAAUAGACGGGAGUACGCUCGGUGCAGCAGACUAUUUAGUGACUGUCGGAAUUGGGACACCGAAGCACAAUCUGUCACUCUUCUUCGACACCGGCAGCGAUCUGACGUGGACUCAAUGCGAGCCAUGUCUUGUACGUUGCUAUUCCCAAGUGGAACCCAUCUUUAACCCUUUUUCGUCUUCUUCCUACGCCAACGUCUCCUGCUCCUCGCCGGUGUGUGCUUCUCUCAUUAUCGGAGGUCUCCAUGGAAACUGUUCGACUUCUCCCGAUUGCCUCUACGGUAUCCGUUACGGCGAUGGGUCGUUCUCCAGCGGAUUCCUCGCCACGGAUAAAUUCACCCUUACUACCUCCGAUGUUUUCGACGGCGUUAACUUUGGCUGCAGCGAGAACAACGAGGGACUUUUCGUCGGUGGCGCCGGACUUCUCGGCCUUGGCCGCGGCAAUCUCUCAUUUCCGUCGCAGACGAAGAACACAUACCACAAUAUCUUCUCCUACUGCCUCCCUUCUUCUCCCGACAAAAUUGGAGAUCUCACCUUCGGAUCCGCCGGAAUCUCUAAUGACGUCAAAUACACGCCGAUUUCCUCAGCCCCAGGAGCAACCUUCUAUGGCAUCGAUAUCGAAGGUAUCACCGUCGGCGGUAAGAAGUUGGACAUUCCUUUAACCGUAUUCUCUACUCCGGGAGCUAUAAUCGAUUCCGGCACCGUGAUCACUCACCUCCCGCCCAGGGCUUACGAGGAACUAAGAACCGCGUUCAAGGCAAAAAUGACGAAUUACACGGCUGCGCCGAGCCCACCGUUACUGGACACGUGCUACGAUUUCACCGGGUUGGAGACAGUGUAUAUCCCAACGAUCUCAUUCUCCUUCAGCGGCGACACGGACGUAGAACUUGACCCAACAGGGAUUUUGUAUAAUAUCACGAUAUCGCAGGUUUGUUUGGCGUUUGCAGGGAAUGUCAACGACGAUUCCGUCGCCAUCUUCGGGAACGUUCAGCAAAAGACGCUACAAGUCGUGUACGACGGUGCCAGCGGACGGGUCGGGUUUGCUCCGAAUGGGUGCAGUUAA